AGCAGCGGCAACAGCUGCAGCUGCCGCCGCUCCUCCAGCCUCCAGCUCGCAGGGCUCGUUGCAGAGUCUGUGGUCUCCACUCCCGGGAACCAGCCUUCGGAGCUCCCGCAUCUCGGGGCCGCUGCGCCUUGACUCUGAGGAAGAGCUGGUCAGCUUAGAGCCGCCAGGCAGGACCCAAGAUGGUACUCUCCCUCCUAGCAAAAUCGAUGGUGAAAAUAUUCUUUCUCUCCUUCCUUCUUCAAACUACACUCUCGCUGAACCCCGAUGAUCCCAAUGUGUGCAGUCACUGGGAGAGCUAUGCUGUGACAGUCCAGGAAUCCUAUGCUCACCCUUUUGACCAGAUCUACUAUACAAGAUGUACCGACAUUCUCAACUGGUUCAAGUGCACAAGGCAUCGAAUCAGUUAUAAGACGGCGUAUCGGAGAGGCCUCAGGACCAUGUACCGACGGAGAUCCCAGUGCUGCCCAGGAUACUACGAGAACGGAGACGUCUGCAUACCCUUGUGCACAGAAGAAUGCGUCCAUGGCCGCUGUGUCUCCCCCGACACCUGUCACUGUGAGCCUGGCUGGGGAGGUACUGACUGUUCCAGCGGCUGUGACAGUGACCACUGGGGUCCCCACUGCAGCAACCGCUGCCAGUGCCAGAACGGGGCCUUGUGCAAUCCCAUCACGGGGGCCUGCGUGUGUGCCGACGGCUACCGGGGCUGGCGCUGCGAGGACUUCUGCGAGCCAGGGACCCACGGCAAGGGCUGUCAGCUCCCCUGUCAGUGCCACAACGGGGCCACCUGCGACCCUCGCACCGGAGAGUGCCACUGUGCCCCGGGAUACACUGGCGUCUACUGCGAGGAGCAGUGCCCACCUGGGAGCCAUGGGGCACAUUGCGACCUCCGCUGUCCCUGCCAGAAUGGGGGUACCUGCCAUCACAUCACAGGGGAGUGUGCUUGCCCUCCUGGCUGGAUGGGAGUAGUGUGUGCCCAGCCCUGCCCACCAGGGACAUUUGGCAUCAACUGCAGCCAGAGCUGCCCGUGCCAUCAUGGAGGGCAGUGUGACCAUGUGACCGGGCGGUGCCAGUGUGCAGCUGGCUACAUGGGGGACAGGUGCCAGGAGGAGUGCCCCAUCGGGACCUUUGGAUUCCAGUGCUCCCAGCGCUGUGACUGCCACAACGGGGCCCAGUGCUCCCCCGCCUCCGGGGCCUGUGUGUGCGAGCCGGGCUACAAGGGGGCUCGCUGCCAGGAGCGGCUGUGUCCCGAGGGGCUGCACGGCCCGCAGUGCGCCCAGCCCUGUCCCUGCAACGUCACCAACACACUCAGCUGCCAUCCUGUGUCGGGAGCUUGCACGUGCCACGCAGGCUGGGCCAGCCCUCACUGUAACGAAUCCUGUCCUGCUGGCUCCUAUGGAGAGGGCUGUCGGCUGCUGUGUGCCUGUCAGAAUGGGGCAGACUGUCACAGCAUCACAGGGAGCUGCACCUGUGCCCCAGGCUUCAUGGGCGAAGUCUGCGCGCUGCCCUGUGCCUCCGGGACUUACGGCCCCAACUGCUCUUCUGUCUGCACCUGCAAGAAUGAGGGCACCUGCUCCCCCAUCGAUGGCACCUGCACCUGCAAGGAAGGGUGGCAGGGGGUGGACUGCUCCCUCCCAUGCCCCAGAGGUACCUGGGGCCUCAACUGCAAUGAGACGUGCACCUGCGCCAAUGGGGCGGCCUGCAGCCCGACCGAUGGUACCUGCUCCUGCUCCCCUGGCUGGCUCGGAGACACCUGCGAGCAGCCCUGCCCGGAGGGAACUUACGGGCUGAACUGUAGCGAGCACUGUGACUGCGGCCACGCGGACGGCUGCAACCCCAUCACCGGCCAUUGCUGCUGCCUGGCCGGCUGGACUGGUGUCCGCUGUGAUAGCACAUGUCCCCCAGGUCACUGGGGCCCCAACUGUUCCAUCUCCUGCAGCUGUGAGAAUGGAGGCUCCUGUUCCCCAGAAGAUGGGACUUGCGAGUGUGCACCAGGCUACAGGGGUCCCCUGUGCCAAAGAAUCUGCCCCGCUGGCUUCUAUGGUCACAGCUGCAACCAGCCCUGCCCGCUUUGUGUGCACAGCAAUGGACCCUGCCACCACGUCACUGGCCACUGUGACUGCCUCCCUGGAUUCUCCGGUUCUCUCUGCAACCAAGUGUGUGCUGGAGGAAGAUUUGGGAAGGACUGUUCUCAGCACUGUUCGUGCUCCAACAAUGGAACUUGCAAUCCUAUCGAUGGCUCCUGCCAAUGCUUCCCUGGCUGGAUUGGCAAGGACUGUACCCAAGCCUGCCCACCAGGGUUCUGGGGCCCUGCCUGCUUCCACACCUGCAACUGUCACAAUGGGGCCGGGUGCAGUGCAGACGAUGGGGCCUGUCGGUGCACCCCGGGCUGGACAGGGCUCUUCUGCUCACAGCGUUGUCCCACAGCAUUUUACGGGAAGGACUGUGGGCAUGUGUGCCAGUGCCAGAACGGCGCCGACUGCGACCACAUCAGUGGCAAGUGCUCCUGCCGGACUGGCUUUACAGGACGGCACUGUGAACAGAAGUGUUCCCCAGGAACCUUUGGCUAUGGGUGUCAGCAGCUGUGUGAGUGUAUGAACAAUGCUACCUGUGACCAUGUCACUGGCACCUGCUAUUGCAGCCAGGGUUUCAAAGGCAUCAGGUGUGACCAAGCUGCCCUCAUGAUGGAAGAGCUGAACCCCUACACCAAGAUCAGCCCAGCCCUGGGCUCAGAGAAGCACUCGGUGGGGGCCGUCAUUGGAAUCGUCCUGCUGCUCCUGGUCAUCGUGGCCCUGCUGAGCCUGUUUGCUUGGCACCGGCAGAGACAGAAGGAGAAAGGCAACGACAUGCCUCGGGUCUCCUACACGCCAGCCAUGAGAAUGACCAGCACCGACUACUCGCUGUCAGAUGUGUCUCAAAGUAGCAGCCAUGGUCAGUGCUUUUCCAACCCCAGCUACCACGCUCUGACAUGUGGGGUGCCUUCCGAAACAGUCAGUAAUUUGGACAGGAACAGCUCCACUAAGCUCAGUAACAAAUCCCUUGACAGAGAUACGUCUGGGUGGACACCUUACAGCUAUGUGAACGUGCUAGACUCCCAUUUCCAGAUCAGUGCCCUGGAGGCCAGGUACCCGCCCGAGGACUUCUACAUUGAACUUAGACACCUUGGCUGCCCCGCUGAGCCAAACACACCAGGUGCUUGUGGGAUGGAUAGACGUCAAAACACAUAUAUCAUGGAGAAAGGUUUCAAAGAUUACACAAAAGAAUCCGUAAGCAGCUCAAGUACGUGCUCUCUAAACAGCAGUGAAAACCCCUACGCCACCAUCAAGGAUCCGCCCCUCCUUCCCUGCAAGCCCCCGGAAAGCAGCUAUGUAGAGAUGAAGUCACCUGCUCACAGGGAUUCUCCAUACACAGACAUGCCCUCCUUGUCGACAUCUAAUAAAAAUAUAUAUGAAGUUGAACCCACAGUCAGUGUGGUCCAAGAAGGCCGUGGUCAUAGCGCCAGCUAUAUCCAGAAUCCAUACGACCUACCUAGGAACAGCCAUAUUCCUGGUCAUUAUGACCUCCUCCCAAUAAGACAGAGCCCUGCCCAUGGACCCUCUCAGGACAAACAAUCUUAAAAAGGGAAAAACGCGCUUGUGAUGUGCUGUACUGGACACACACUCUGAUUCACUGAAAGAAGACAAUCCUUUGACUUGAAAUAAUGGUAAACAAGGAACACUGGUAUGCACCAACUCCUGCUGCAUGAUCGCUUUUUACACUCUCCACCUAGGACUAACGAGCAACUUCCAAAGAGACUGGAAUAACUGUCCAAUGAAGCUCUUUAUAUGGUCUACCCCCAAAAUAAUACAACUCUCUGGACUGUGUUAUAACAACACUUUACAAGAUGAGUCAACACCAGCUGUAUAGACAAAUUGAGACAUGAAUGGAGAGCUAGUGGAACAUUUUGGGGUUUAAAAAAAAAAAACAAACAAAUCCUGGGGAAUAAAAGUAAAGGAGAAGUGAGGGUGGUAGAAGAAAAGGGAGGCAUGGGGAAGGGGAAAUAUUUUAAAAGCACCAAUUAAUAUGAUAUCUGUAUGUUUGGGCAAUGUUAUUACUAUACCCAUUUCUUUGAUCUUCUUUUAUAGUAAGUUGUUUUUUAUGGUCUUCUUUAGUAACAAGAUAUAGAGAGAUGCCUCAUGCCAUCAUAUUAUCAGUGCAUCAAGUUGCUAUGACUAUAUUCUGGUUUCAUCAAAUCUCAAUGGCUCCAAGUCAUGGUUUAGUUGUCUCAAGAAUUAUGUAUGUCAACUCAAGUGGAAUCCUUUUAAUAAUUUUAACAAUUUAAUUUCUCCCCCUUUUGGCCUAAAGAUAGUUAUAAAGCUGUGAUUUUUACAGAAACGCAAACUAUUUCCAGAGUAGAAACUUUCUUCUGUGUCUAGAGAUGGUCCAGGAUAGCUUUACCAACUGCCAUCAGACAUAAACUCUUGGCAGUGUCAACCAGUUUCAUUAAGAUCUCCUUUGAUCUGGGACUAUUUUUAUAUAACACCUCAGUCAUUCUACUUAAAAACUAGCUUUCAAAGGAAGUUUUAAAUAAUCAUUUAUGGAACACAAUGAAAAGCUAGACAAAAUAGCUAUAAAGUCUGCCUAAAUUUUUUUAAAGUGAUAAUCUUUGACAUUUAAACUUGUUUUCAAGCAAUUCUUUGUAAAAUUUGAAUUUGAUGUAGUACUGAGUCUAAAUGUGUAAAGUUAAACAAGAGGCAGAAUUAGGAAGUUAAUUGUUAUGGGAUUUUUUUUAAUGUGACCAAAUAGAGUGAUCAAAGAAAAAAAUGAACUUUGAUCAAUUGUAGCAUAAACAGAACCAUGGUAGAAAUUACCUUCAGAAACUAGGAAGAAAUUUUUUUACUUUAGAACCAAUCAUUCCAAGACACAAUGAUCACCAAAGUUAUUGUUUCAAUGGGUUAGUGAUCUAAGUCUAGGUAUUCAGGGGUAGUAAGUACUUCAAAUCACCACUAAAGGCAUGAUAGGAUUUUUAGCAGUUUAGGUAAUGUCCUAUUAAGACAGAGACAAAGCCAACACUUCAAACCUUAGAAUAAUAUUCACAAGAGAACUUCAAUGGCAAGCCGAAGAAAAUUUAAAAAAACAAAAAAACAAAACCCAUGCCAUAACUGUACCUUGUCAUUCUCCAAUAUUGAUCCAUUCAGCAAGGAGCACUUCCAUGGAGUCCACAAAGAAGUAAGGAAAUGACUAGUGAAGACAGAACUGUUUCUAUAUGGAAGCAAGAGAGUUUCAAAGCCCUUAAUGCAAAUGAUAAUCUGCUGUAUAAAAAAAUUAGUUAAAGCAUUAGCCAAGAAAGAAAAACAUUUUUUCCAUACAUAGGCUUAAAAGGAAGCAGAUAUUCCCAUUGUGGGAUGAUACAUAAUAUAUACAUGAAUGCUGCAUGUAUGCAUGGGAGCAAAUGGGUGAUCAGCAAUAGCAAUUUUGUGUUCCAGAAAAGCCUUAUAAACUAUAAUUCAACAUUUAUUUUAUAGGUCCAGGUAACUUUUACAUAAAUAUAUGUACAUAUUAUAUACAUAUAUAUAUAUAUAUAUAUAAAAAGAUUUACCUCAAUUUCAGGUCAGCCAAUAUUCAAUUAUCUUUAUGGUGAAGAUCAACAAAACAUGGAUGGGUGGAAAGAUAGGUAAGGCAAAACUUAGCCACUACUUGCAAAAUAUUUUUUAAAGUCGGCAAUUGUGCUGCUAAUUUGCAACAAGCAACAAGCUUCAAAAUGUUAAAUAUCAUCCCCAUUCCUUUUCCCUAGUCACUGUCCAAUAGAGGUAUUCCUGAACUGGCCAAAAGCCAGAAUCUAGACACCCAAGAGGAAGAAAAGAAAAGAUAAAAAAGCACCAUUAACCUGAAGUAAGUAACUUCCCAAAGAUAAUUGAGAAUUGACUGCAAAAAAAAAAAGUAUUUCAACCAUAUAUUGGCUAUUGUUAGGUAACGGUCUAGCAUUAGCACAAACAUGUUCAGCUGCCAGCUUAACCAGAUACAUGCUGUUUCUGUAGACUUAACUGGAAACCUAUAGAGAUUCAUUCCUUUGUUCCAGAUGCUGUAUUUUCAACCAAAUGAAGUGAUGUGCAUAGAGUUCUAAAGAAAACACACAUACACACACUGCAUGAUAGCAUUAGAUUAGAAGCUAGACUAUGACAUGGCAAUACUUUUUUAAAAACAAGACAGAUUUGUAAUAUAUUUGUUCAUUGUGCAAAGGUACUGUACCUUGUACAAAAUAAAAUGAAUUCCUCUCAA